CAACACUAUAUGAUGAAUUAAUUAACAGCAGAGUUGGAACUUCAUCUGCAGGCGCGCACUGGACAGUUUCAAGUGGGUAUGCCGCGAGCAUGACCAGCUGACUGUGAUAGAUGACCUUCGCCGGAGGAAACAUGAUCUCGAGGACAUGCUCAGCAGGAUCAAAACCAGGACCAACGCAUGGAACAUAGCCCAGUGGAUUGCCAAGUUCGGAGUCACUGUGCUCUCUGUGCUGAUCCCGGUGGCAGCAGGGGUGCAACCAGCUGCCACCGCCGCUAACAACGGAGCCGGCGGAAUGAUUGGGCUUCUUCAGCCGUUGGUUGACUCCCAUCUGGCUGGUCAACAGAGGUCGUGCGAGGUUGAGAUAGACCUCAAUGAAAAGAUUUUGAAUGAAGCUUGCUUCAUUUUUCAUAGGGUCAACAGCACCCAAGUUCUUGUGGAGCUGUUGGAGGAUCAGAUGGGUUUGUUGGCUCGGCAUGCCGAGUUCCUUGUUGUCGCUGGGGACGAUGAGGAUCUGACUGUGAGCAUGGCCAUGGAGCAUAUCAAACGCAAGGCCGAAGACUUGGUGGUUACAAUUGAGAGAUUGGAAAAGGAGGUUGAUCGCAGCAGCGAGGAUCUCCGCAGGGCUGCGUUGACUCUACUUCAGACAGUCACUGACCAGGUUGAAAACUACUGAGAUGUGCAGGCUGGGAUUUCCAAUUAGUAACCAAGGGUGG